UUCUUCCAUUGAGUAAGUGAUUUUUUCUAUUGAUCGUUUUUACAUUUACAAAAGAAAAAAUGGGAGGAAAAUAUAUUCCGGUCGCGACAAAAAAGCUUCGUGUAGCAGCCAACAGUAAGAAUUUGGAAUUCUUGACAAAUCCGGUGCAGGUGAAAGAUAAAAACACACUACCAAUUAAAACGGAAAUGAAGGAUCAAACGAAGGAACGAAAUAGAAGCAGCCGUCUGCUAAAAAAUGCAGUAAGAGGACCGAAUAAAGCGAUCGAUUCAAAAUACCUCGAAGAUUCCACUGAUGGCGAGUUAAUGAUGCCAAUAAACACUCCGCGAAAGUCCAAGAGCCAAUCAGUGAACACCCGUUUGUCGAAAAGGAAUAAUCAAAAGUUAGCGGCAUCGCGUGGUCCGAAAAACUACUCCAUUUCAGGUCCUGCAUAUUCCGAUGAGGCUAAAUCAUCCGUGCUGGAGUCUCUCGAACUGUACAAGGUCAGCCCGGCAAAAGACAAUAAUGUAUUGGAUGUACAGAUGGAGUUUUUCCAGGACUGGGAGGAACCUGAAUGGUUAGACUGCAGUAAACCAGAACCAUCGAGUAAUUCUGCACGCAUGUCGAUCUCCGAGCAGAUCGAAGGUACUGGAAAGCAAGAGAUGGCUGCUAACACUGUAAAACGUGUUCCACUGGAACCGGAAAAAGUGAAAUAUAUACGAGAUCGUUUGUUGGAACACCGCAUUUAUCGGGGAGACUCACCGGCUGCAGCAAAUAUUUGGGCCGACGAAUCUUCAAGCAUCAUGAGACGAAUCCUGACAUAUUAUGGAAAGAAAUGAAAUGACUCAAACCAAACGAAAAAUACUGGAGAUUAGAACGUUAAAGAAACAGCAGUUGAACUACAUAUGCUUUAUAUAUCGCAAAAUCAUGGAUUAAUUCGUAAGAAAUGAAAACCAAA